GGGUUUAGGGCCCACUUUUUAAUUGAUUUCAAUAAUUUAUUUUUAAUUAAUUUUUUUACAUAAACUGGGGAUCCAGCUUACAAAACCAGCAAAAACCGGAGUUCCACUGUAACAGAAUCUUUAAACUAAAAAGAAUGGAAAGAGCUUCAAAAGCAAACUGAAUCCAUUCUCAGUGUUAUUUUCUAGCACUUAAAUACAAAUUCAGUUAACCUUCUUUUCACUGCCUCCUAUAUCAUACCAUCAUUAAAAUGUAUGUUUUUUAAUCUAAUUUGGAUUCUUACUGAAAAUUAAACAUUAACACUCAAAGAAUUUCAAUUUUUUAAACAGUAACACUUCAGAAUAAAGCCUCUCACAGACAGACAGGGUUGUGUUCAUGCGCGCGUGCUGUUUGAUGUCAGAAGCAGGAGUCAGGAAAUCACAGGCUGUCACGUGACGUGACUGGGCGGAGCUCUGCGUCUCCACGGGCCAAUAGCACCGCAGCGUUGGUCUAACAGAUCUAUGGGAGGAAAAAAAAGGAACCCAGGAGAAGAGACGCGAAUAACGGUGCACUCAACAACAUUUAUGGAGCCGAUUCCCGGUUUUCCCCCGCGCGCGGGCCCGUGAAGAACGCCUGAACAAACGUUCAUGCGGCUGGAUGCGAUGAAGGCGCUUCAGAGGUGAAGAAAACAAGCGGUCCUCCAUUGUCUGCGUAGACACGAGAAUGGCCUGGUUGUGGAAGAGGAAGUCAUUCAUCGCCACCAGCCUGGUCGUGGCUGUAACACUCCUCGUGGUCGUGGUAACCAACUCGGAGAAAUCCAACUUCCUUCAACUUCCCGUGUUUGGUCAAACCUUCAACAGCGACUGGAUGUUCUCCAAGCAGACCUACAAGGUCUUCAAGCCUCACCAGGGAUACACCAGCAUCCCUAAAGAGGAGCCCCUGGAGCUGCACUGUGACCUGUGCACCAUAGUCUCCAGUUCUGGGCAGAUGCUGGGCCAAGGUGCGGGUCCACAGAUCGACCGCUCGCCUUGUGUCUUUCGGACGAACAACGCUCCCACUGCUGGGUUUGAGAUGGAUGUCGGCAGACGAACCACUGUGAGGGUGGUCUCCCACACCAGCGUCCCUCUGCUCCUGCAGAAGCCUCAGUACUUCUUCGGACAGGAAAACGAAACGACCUACGUGGUGUGGGGGCCGCUACGGAACAUGAGGAAGGACGGGAAGGGUAUUGUGUACAACAUGCUGCAACAAGCAUCAGAGAAGUACCCCCGCGCUCGCAUCUACAUCACCACAGACGAAAGGAUGAACUACUGCGACACCGUGUUCAAGAAAGAGACGGGAAAGGACCGCGUCCAGUCUGGCUCCUACCUGAGCACCGGCUGGUUCACGCUCAUCCUCGCCAUGGACAUGUGCAAAGAGAUCCAUAUCUACGGCAUGAUAAACGACACCUACUGCAAGCUGGAGAGUAAGAGAACAGUUCCCUACCAUUACUACGAGGCUGGCAGCCGGGACGAGUGUGCUGAGUACCUCCUUCACGAGAACGCCCCCCACGGAGGACAUCGCUUCAUCACAGAGAAGGCCGUGUUUGCCAAGUGGGCCAAGACUCACCCCAUCAAGUUUUUCAAGCCUUCGUGGCAGCUGUCGUGACCCCGGCUGGACGGCUGUGACCUCGCUGCUGUCAAGGUCACCUACGCUAAGAACCUCAAGUGUACUCUCACUUCAAAAACAAAGGAAGAAAACAUAUUUUGGCCUGAAAAUCUCCUUUCCUUUCCCAGUUCUGACAAAAACGACAUAUCUCCUGCUUUCUGAGUUAUGUGUUCUUGAACAUUACAGCUGAAGCAUGCGCCCGUCCAGCUGCUCUGUGCUGUGGUCCUGCUGCUGUCAGUCAAGCAAGACGACCUGAAAAAGGGAGAAUAUUCGACAUCUGUCCAGUUGGAGUUUUGCCUAAAUUUGCAUUUUACUCCCGACUGUUCCUGAAGAACAGCGACCGAGUCACGUUGACGUCUGACAAAGCCGACCAUAAUUAUUCCAUAACGAGCGUCACUCUGGUGGAGGCAGAACUGAAGGCAGAUGCUCUGUCGGAUUUGAUUUACUCAGAACGUCGCAAAGACUCUUAGCAAGCAAGGUCAUAUGAAAGAAAAGAGCUUGAGUGGGCCCAAAGCAGAUUUGAGGCAAACCUGCUGGUUCACCCGAGCCACAAAUGAGCCACGUUUCCACACUGUGGGUCCCAUCACACAACUCAAAGAUGUCAGCGAUUUUCCUGUAAGGAUGCCGUGAAAGUGAAUUGUUUAGAGCGCCGUUGCGGCUUGGAUGGCAGAGAGGUUUGCUCAUCUAUUCUGCAGAGGCAGUACUUUCAUCCGUGUGCCGCUGACAAUGUGAGCCACUGCACAGAGAACAAUGUGCAAUUAGAAACUCUGUCUUUCUGGAAGGAAUAAAGUCAUUUGUGGUCCUGCAGAGGGAGAGAUUUAUGCGUGCAGUGAGACCAUUUAAAGUUAAUUGUAUUCUAUUAUCGUUUUGUGCCUGCAUUAUACAGUGCUCCACUGUUCAUUGCAUAGACACAGAGGAAGAUGCAGUCUUCCCUGUGACUCUCAUCCAGCUUCGUGCCUCUCUGUGUAAAGCAUCACUUUGUUAACACGCCUCCCCAUUUGUGCGUCUCUUGGUUUACACAUUACACUUCAGAGCGUUUGUUCCAGGACAGUCUGGGUUUAUCUGUGAUUUGCAGAGGUGGAUGUGCUGUCUGGCAGCUGGGAGAGAUCCCUGUCCUGCUCUGUGGUCCAAAGGGGGGCCGGGGGAAAGACUUCUUAUUUCGGGGACUUGAUGCCCAGGUCUCUGGACGACAGUCAUUUCCAGCAGCUGAGCUUCACUCUCUCUGCUGCUAAGCCAUCUUUUCUCGCUCUCAGAGGAGCUGCGGUGUCACCAGCAGGGAUUAGCAGGUCAACAGUACUUAUUACAGCAAACCCAAAGAAAGAAAACAUAAAUACUUUUUAAAAAAAAUCCUGUCAUAGUACACCUAUGUACUCAAUUUCCUGAAGAAAAAUGAAAGAAUAUAGACCCUUAAAUAUAAAUCUCAAGGCCAAAAACAAAAUGCAAAUAUAUUUCACAAACUACAGAGAUCGUCUCAGUUUAGUAAAUAUAUGAAUGCGUUAGGAUUAGAUUAGGGCAGUUUAAACUUGAUUAAAGAGUGGCUGACAAUCUGCCGGAGAGCACAGAAAUAGAAGUGCUUGUUUGUGGCGUCUUCCUGUGCCGUCAUAUCUCAGCAAACUGAAUUCUGGAUUCAUCUGGACGACUGAAAAAAACAAAACAUUUAUAAAAACUAGAAAGAGCUGCUCAUUUUAAAAAAAGAGGAAGGACGUUUUACCUUUUUAUGUGACAGUAUGAAAGGUUUUUUUGCCCUAUGAGGUUCUUGGAGCAGAACUUCAUGAGGACUCUGUAGAUGCUACAACACAGAACAUCCUUUCUUCAGCACGAUGCGUCCCCUGCGUUUGUUUUUGUCACUCCUUCCUCUAGCCCUGAUGGUGCACUUCAUCCCUUGCAUGUGUGGAUCACAUGUAUUUAGCAGAAUAAUGAUUUGGUCCACAAAGUACUUUCUGCCACAUUAGGAAUAGUUUGAAUGAAAACAAAAUAAAUGUGGCUAAAAAUAUUUUUUACUCUUAGCUUGUAAGCACAUCCAUAAAGGUCUGUCUGGUUUAAUUAGGAGUGACCAAUUUCCUUCUAUUUCCUCCAUUUUUUUGAUACAGCAUGCUUAUGAACUUGUGGGAAAAAGAUGCUAUUUAGGAUUUAUCUUUAAUUAUAUGCCAGCUUUAUCUCUAAUAUUGUUGGCCUGCUAAUCAGCAAAUCCUGCGUUCUGAUCCAUGCUGCACAUUUUAAAAUGAUUAGCUGAUUUUGCACAAGCUGCAGAAAAUAUCUGUAUUUUUGUGAGUAUGGCUGCAGGGAUGUAUGCCAGCAAUCAGAGGGCUGUCACCUUGUCGCCUAUUGUAAAUCCAUUGCAUUGACAGGAGCAUCAGCAAAAUGUAAAAAGCUGCUGUUUUAAAUGCAGCUCUGCAGACGGGAGGUGGGGGUCAGCAGGUCGGCCUCCUGCAGGAUGACACAUGCCUGAGGGGCGGGUCGAAUCAAAGUGUGCCCCUUGACUGUGUGGGAAUGGAGACACAGAUGCCAUUUUUCCAAACUCCUUCCAGCUCUGGAUUGUGCGUUCAGCUUGCAGCUCAGCAUUGCUCACGUUUACUCUGCAGAAGCUUCUUCACCACAAACUGUAAAGUGAAUCACACCAAUGUUUUUGCUGUGAGACAUGUUUUUAUGACUAUUUUUAACCUUUUGCUCACAGGUGAGCGUACCGCUUCCUCCCUUUGUGUUUCAUCGUUCUGCCGUGGCAUUUUCAGUUUCUAAACAGUUGCCUUCAUUCUUGUUGUUUUGUUCUGUUUUUGCUCUGUUGCUUCAGCCCACACAUCUUCAUCUCUUUAACAGCAAGCAGUUCAUUGUCUUCAGCUUUAAAACACUGACUGUGGAAGCAGAUUAUGAGGAAGACGCCCUCCGAUAGACCCGUGAAUCCUCACAGGAGAGGACUGCAGUCCCAUCAGCCCACGCAGGCAGAAGCCAAAGCCAGGAUGCUAAUAAGAAACUUCUAGAUCAGUGGCAUUUUUCAUUAGUUAAAACACUCUGAGAUGAUUUAUGCAGCCAUCUUGGCUCAAAGACUCAAGUGGGGAGACAGAGCUCUGUUCAGAAGAGACAAAAAAAACACUGUCUAGAUCCACAAAAUCCACAAAAAGAUCCACAUUUAGAAAUUCGUUUUUAUUCACCACAGAAAAACAGUUUAUGUCACUCUCUUUCUGAACUUCUAUUUUCAGAAGGCUUUCAUUGUAUUAAUCCUUUUAUGCUUAGCAAAGCUGGGAAGGCAGUGUGUGUAAAGCUGAUGCAGCGGUGGACAGUUGUAGGAAUACUGCAGCUUGUGAAAGUCUUACCAACCCAUUGUGACAUUUUUUCUGUACUGUUGCAAUAUUACGGUCUAAGGCUCCGGAUGUUGUGAUUCAAAAUGGUUUCCUGCAUGAAAACACAGAUAAACUAUGGAGUGGAAAGUGUUUUUGUAUUUAGCAUAAACCUCCAGCUGCAGUUGUGCUGGACUGAGUCUGAAUUUGACUCACGUAGCACCUUGGAUUAUCGCACAGUCCUCCAUGUUUAGAUCAAUCCACAAACAUCAUUAGUUAAGUUGGGGUCUGCGGGCUCACAAACAUUUCCGUGAAGCCUUGCGGUCACUCUAACCUUCCUCUGCACAUUCACAAUAGUACCACAGGUUACAUUUUCACAUGAGUUCCCUUUUACCAGUGAGGUGCUACAGAUGUGCCACUAUUUUUAACGAAAUUCUUCGUUCUGCCUUGUUUUUAUUUUUUCACUACCACCACAUAUCCCCACAUGCCACAGCUCAGUGACCAUUUAUGCAAAUUUUUCAGCAAAUUUGGCAGGUGGUCACGCGGCAUCAAUCUGUAAUCUGGAGGCGGCCGUCGCCUUUUUACACGCUGCAGAGGUUUGAAGAGAACGUUCAAAUUAAACAGCCACCGGAUGAUUUUUUUUGGCAUCGGUCAGUGGCCGCCUGGGCACAUUUGGAGGUCGUGUGGUGGCAGGAAGGUAGCAGCGUGACAAUUGACUGAUAGGAGGGUCUCCAUUGUGCCCAAAAUCGUCUGAUGAUUAGCCAAUUUCAGACAACCAUCCUCUACCCGAUUGGAAGAAACCAUACAGUAUCAGCGCUGGCACUGGACGAUUGCUGUUAAGUUAGGCCAGGGGGCCUGACGAUAAACGGACGUCAAAAUGGCGAAUCCUGCUGUGGCUGGAUCACUUUUUUUUUCAGCGCUGGGGUUUUGGCCUUGCUGGGUUUCUUAGGAGGCAUGGUGUCUAAAAAUAAAAAAAUGUGUGACACUUUUUAUACACCCCCGGUGGUGGCUGGCGCCCGCUGGCACAUGAUAUGGACAGCCCCCAUCCGGAGACAUUUACACAUAAUCCAAUCAGAGCUGCUGCCGGCCGGGGAUCCGGCUGCCGCUGCCCAGCUGUUGCCCAAUUCCGUAAUGGCGUCAUCACCGCCUAAUUGCCACUGUCUACGUAAUGACCAUGACCAUGCCAACGAUUGGGGCACUGGCAUGAAAUCUUGAAUGCCUCUGUGGAUCUUAGAGUUAAUGGGAGGUAGUGAUCCCUUCCAUCAUGUGGUGGCUGUUUUUCGUCCAUAGUCAAUAGGUUUUACAAAAUGCAGGACGGCUAAACUCAAGUUAGCUGCUUAUGAACACUGAGUUCUCCCAGAAGCACACGGCUCUGAUCUGUAAAUGUCUGUUAAUCAUCAUCACCAUCAACUGCUAAUCGUCUGUUAUUUUGAAGCGGAGGUCGUUCAGCAGCCCAAUGCCUGAAUGCAGAUGAAGAAGAACCAUGUUCACCUUUAGAGGCUGUUCCCCUGAAAAUCGAGGUGGUUGGAUGUCCUGAACAAAGCUUGCAGGUUCAACUUUGGUUUGGCAGAACAAACAUUUCUGUUCGUUUUUCGGUUUCUCGCGCUGAUCUGGCCCGGAGCUCACAGGUUGAUGUAGAGCCGCUGGCUCACAUAGGAGAGAAGGUAUGAUUGUGCUGGAGUGCACGCCAUGACCUCUUCACUGCUUCUGAUUGCACUACGUGGCCAUUUUUUCAAAGUGCUUUCUUACAAACCUGAUCACGUCUUUUCCUCUUGUGCAUAUCUUUUUUCAUGUUUUGUGAACCACUUUCCUUCCAAUUUACAGGUGAAGUGUCCUUUAAUCAUUUGAACUCUGGGUAUUUUCAGCUGCAUAGAAUGUAAUGUUAGGUUUACAUUGCUCCAAUGACAGACACUAUGGUUUUCUAACACACUCAUCUUAUGGAUGGACAGCAGCACACAAGUGCAGCAUGGAGUACUGCAGGUUUUUUAACUGUUAAAAGUGAUUUUAUGUCUUUGGCUGUUGUCUACUUAUUCAUUCAAAUGAGAUCUCCUCUCUAUGUUUUUUUUAACUGAUGUGACUUUUGUCUUAUUUUUGUGAAAAUAAAAAAAGUGAAAAAAAUA